AGAAUAUUCUUCAGAAUGUUGACAUUGACAAAGAAGUGACUUUCGAACAAGGAAGAUACUGCUCUAAAUUAAAACUCUAUCCUUGUGGCGUCAUAGCACAUGGAUUUCAGGACCGCCUGUGAGGAGACAAAGACAGGGAUUUGUUUGCUGCAGGAUGGUAAUCAGGAGCCUUUCAAAGUCCGGCUGCACCUAGCCAAAGACAUUCUUAUGAUCCAGGAACAGGAUGUGAUUUGCGUGUCUGGUGAGCCUUUUUAUUCUGGUGAGAGAACAGUGACCAUCAGAAGACAAACUGUGGGCGGGUUCGGAUUGAGCAUCAAGGGAGGAGCUGAACAUAACAUCCCAGUUGUCAUCUCAAAAAUAUCCAAGGAACAAAGAGCGGAACUAUCAGGACUCCUCUUUAUCGGGGAUGCAAUUCUACAGAUAAAUGGAAUUAAUGUACGAAAAUGCAGACACGAAGAAGUGGUUCAGGUUCUCCGGAAUGCUGGAGAAGAAGUAACUCUCACAGUGUCGUUCUUGAAAAGAGCCCCUGCGUUCCUCAAACUCCCACUGAACGAAGACUGUGCAUGCGCGCCCAGCGACCAGAGCAGUGGCACCUCCUCCCCCCUCUGCGACAGCGGCCUACACCUCAACUACCACCCCAACAACACAGACACACUCUCCUGCUCCUCCUGGCCAACCUCUCCAGGUCUGAGGUGGGAAAAGAGAUGGUGUGACCUCCGACUCAUCCCACUGCUUCACUCCCGUUUCUCUCAGUAUGUACCCGGGACAGAUCUGAGUCGGCAGAAUGCUUUUCAAGUAAUUGCUGUGGAUGGGGUGUGCAGUGGGAUUAUUCUGUGUCUCUCCGCUGAAGAGUGUAUUGAUUGGCUACAAGCAAUAGCAACUAAUAUUUCAAACCUCACAAAGCACAAUAUUAAAAAAAUCAACAGAAAUUUUCCAGUAAACCAGCAGAUAGUCUACAUGGGCUGGUGCGAGAGCCGGGAGCAAGAUUCCCUUCAGGAUCGGCUAUAUUCACCCACGUUUCUAGCCCUGAGGGGCUCCUGCCUUUACAAAUUCUUAGCACCUCCAGUUACAACCUGGGACUGGACCCGAGCAGAGAAAACCUUUUCAGUUUAUGAGAUUAUGUGCAAGAUUCUCAAGGACAGCGAGCUGCUGGACCGGCGGAGGCACUGCUUCACCGUGCAGUCCGAGGCGGGGGAGGACCUCUACUUUGCCGUGGAGCUGGACUCGGAUCUGGCCCAGUGGGAGCGUGCCUUCCAGACGGCCGCCUUCCUGGAGGUGGAGCGCAUCCAGUGUAAGACAUACGCAUGUGUGCUUGAAAGUCACCUGAUGGGACUCACCAUUGACUUCAGCACAGGAUUUAUCUGCUUUGAUGCUGCAACGAAGGCAGUGCUUUGGAGGUAUAAAUUUUCUCAGCUUAAAGGUUCGUCAGAUGAUGGCAAGAGCAAAAUCAAAUUUUUAUUUCAGAAUCCAGAUACUAAACAGAUUGAAGCAAAGGAGCUGGAAUUUUCCAAUCUGUUUGCUGUUCUUCACUGCAUCCAUUCAUUCUUUGCCGCCAAAGUCGCCUGCUUGGACCCUCUCUUUUUGGGCAGCCAGGGUGCUGCGGCUGCCCCCAGCAGCUCUGCCACCCUCAGCAAAGCAAAGUACCCGAACUGACACCC